CUCAUGUGACCAGUGUGCCGUACCCGUAACCGGAGCUAGUUGGGGGUACGGGCCCGUACCCGUAGCCACUUCGGUAGUGAAAAUGCUGUUUUUGCUGUUAACAACUAUUUUUGUGCGUUUAAGUUUUGGGCUACACUUUUCCAAUGUGCUUGGAGAUAAUAUGGUUUUACAGCGUUCUCCUCAACAAGCUGUUGUCUGGGGCUUCUCCUCUCCAUUUGACGUCGUCACAGUGAAUUUUAAUGGUUUUAAAGACUAUACCGCGGCUGAUCUAAACGGACAGUUUAGGAUGGUGCUUCCACCAAUGGAAGAAGGAGGACCAGUAGAUGUCCUGGCUAUGUCUACUAUUACAGGAGAUCAGGCCUUACUGAGAAAUGUCAUGUUUGGAGACGUGUUUUUUUGCAGUGGUCAGAGCAACAUGGAGUUCACAUUGGGCUCUGGUUUUAAUGCAAGUGAAGAGAUAGCAAGAGCAAAUCUUUACCCAAAUAUUCGUUUGAUGACUGUGGGUCAAAGAACAGCUUCACCUACACCAUUGACCGAACUACAAACAAUUGAACAGGAAUGGAGCAUCGCAAGUAAUGAAUCUGUUGGAGGUGAGGACUGGACGUACUUCUCAGCUGUCUGUUGGCUAUUUGGUCGUGACAUUCAUGAUUACUUAAAAGGAGCUGUGCCUAUUGGACUUAUAAGCACAAAUUGGCAUGGUACACCUGUUCAGGAUUGGUGCAGUUCUGAUGCUUUGGCUAAAUGUAAUCAAACGAAAUGCAAGCAUGCUACAUGCAAUGGUGUUGGUGCUGAUGAAGGUAACUCUGCACUAUACAAUUCAAUGAUUGCUCCGUUUCUUCCCAUGCGAGCUCUUGGUGCAAUUUGGUAUCAAGGAGAGGAAAAUGUAGGAACUGGUCCUCAGUUUGGUGAAGACUACUAUGCUUGUCAGUUUCCAGCUAUGAUUGAAGACUGGAGGGAUAAGUUUGACCUCAAAGAUAUGUAUUUUGGAUUUGUACAGUUGGCUGCAUACAAAGAGAAUGGUGGAACACCAGUUGCCGCGCUAAGAUCAGGACAACUUGCUGCUCUAGAGUUGCCUAUGGUGGGCAUGGCAAGUGCUGUGGAUCUUGGUGAUCUGUAUUCCCCGUUAGGCUCUAUUCACCCUCGAAACAAACAGACUGUAGCACGUCGUUUGGCAGCUACUGCCAAGGCUUUAAUUUAUAAAGAGAUUUUGGUGCAUCAAGGUCCUAUGUUUGCAGGAGCAUUUGCUGCAAACAGUUCUAAGAUCUCCGGCAGCAUCGAUGAGACCAGCGUUCUCAUCUCGUUUGAUCCUGAUACACUAGGUAGUGGAUUGAUAAUGAAGAAAGUAUGUUGUCCCGAAGAUCUUGAUUACAAGUAUUGUUCCGGUUUUCAACUUCAGACAGCAGAUCAAAGUUGGCACAAUGCUAUGGCCAUGGUCUAUGGUGAUACCGUUGUAGUCUCAUCAGCUAUGGUCGAGGAUCAACGUGUUUUGGGUGUUCGAUAUGGAUAUGGUGACUGGCCUGUUAUGACAAUUUUCAACAAGGAAGGGUUUCCAGCUAUACCAUUUACAUAUACUUUAUAAAUUAAAAAUUUGUGACCAGUCUGCAUAUGAUUUAUUAGAACUUUAUUGAUGUUGAGGUAUAGAAAUGCCUUCAUUUGGUAACAGACAGUUAAUUGACAUAACGAUCAAUUUUCAACUCUUGAAUGUGUUCUUAUUGGGUAUUUAAUAUGAAUUGAAAUCAUGUCAAUCUGUUGGACAAUACAUCAGUG